AUGGCUGGUUCUAUAGCUCUUACCCCGUCUCGAAAGCGCGCUGCGCUGGCUACCACCGACGCGCCAGAUGCUAAGAAGACGCCCACCUUCGACAUCGGUGGCAAGGACGUUGUUGAAGACCAUGACGUCAACGAUUGCAUUACCGCGCGCAAUGCCACCAAGUCUCCGCUCCUUCGUCUGCCCGCCGAGCUCCGCAAUCUGAUCUACACCUACGCUUUCGACAACACUACCUACACCUUCUUCAAGAGCAAUAGAGACACAGAGAUAACGCCGUGCAAUGAAUCAUUGACCGAAGAUAGCAUGAGCCUGCUUCUGGUAUCACGUCAAAUUCACGCCGAGACCGCCUAUCUUCCUUAUAAGCUCAUUACAUUUGAUUUUCUGGUCCACAACGACAACAAGAGUCAAUGGAAGCCCUACGUAAGGAAGUUCCUGGCUAAGCGUUCCGAAGAACAGAUCAAAGCUAUGUCUUGUCUGACGCUACGCCGUUGGACCUAUGAAGAGCAGGGAUUCGCGAUGGGGACUGGAUUAUACUGGGUCAAGAGGCUGAAGAUCAAGAAAUAUCGAUCUAUCGUUCGUUAUGCACGACGUAAUCGCUAG